AUGAUAGCGAGGGAAAUAGGCGAACCAAUUCCGCCCAACACGCGACAUGCCAUCUCCGUGAGCCUGCCGACAUGGGACGCUACCGUCGGGUACGAGGAGGGCCGGGAGGAGGUGGUGAAGCGGAUGGAGACAGGAUACCCGCGGUUCUAUCUGCACAAGCAGAUACAGCGGCUGGCGACGGUGCUGGAGGAGAAGUACGCGAAGGAGGGCGAGGCGUGCCUGAUUCUGCCGUCGUAUGCGGUUGCGAAGCGGUGCCGAGAGUUCAUGCAGGUGCAGGCGACGGCGCGCGGGCGGGCGCCGCGGGUGCGGAUCCUGCAGCUGGCGACGGCGAAGCCGCAGGGCGUGGCGGAGCGGGCGUGGCGGCGUGAGAGCCGGAUUGCGGUGGUGUUCUUCCCGCGGGAGGAGUACGGGGCCGCGAAGCGGUACUGGCAGCACACGGGGGAGGUGGUGUCGAGCCGACAGGCGGAGUACGUGCUGCACGAGCUGUUUGAGCUGGAGCGGGCCCAGCGGCGGCGCGGCGUGCAGGAGGAGACGGACGAGGUGAUCCGGGACGAGGAGGACUUUAUCGAGCAGCGCUACGGCAGGAACCUGGACUUCUCGUACGCGGACCGGGCGAAGGAGCUGAUCCGGCGGCGGAUCGCGAAGCACCUGGUGGAUGUGCCGGAGGAGGCGGCGUCCGCGGGGCCGGGGUCUGCGGUGGAGUUUGUGGCGGUGGACCGCGCGCGCGAGGACACGGCGGCUAGCGAGGACGCGGCGGUGCAGGCGGAGCUGAUCGAGCCGGUGGGGCCGGGCGGCGCGGAGGAGGCGCGCGCGGCGGUGCGCGACGCGGGCAGCGCGGUGGACCCCGAGAAGGACGUGUUUCUGUUCCCGAGCGGCAUGGCGGCCAUCUUCUGCGCGCACCGCCUGCUCCUGCAGCUGGACGCGGUACGAGUGAACCGCACACGGCAGGACGACGCAUCGCCGAGCGGCUACGCGUCGCCACACUCGCCCAACGGCGCGCUGGUGGGGUACGGCCCGCCAUACAAGAAGACAGUCAUGUUUGGCUUUCCGUAUACCGACACAUUGAGCAUCCUGCGGGUCUUCAACCACACGCACUUUCUGGGCUCCGGCGACCACAAGGCGAUGGCGCAGCUGGAGGACAUACUGCACAGCGGCGAGCCGAUUCUGGCGGUGUUCAUCGAGACGCCGUCGAACCCGCUGCUAAAGAUGGGCGACCUGCAGGCGCUGCGGCGGCUGGCGGACAUAUACGGGUUCUACCUCGUGGUGGACGACACCCUCGGCGGCUUCGUCAACAUCGACGUGCUGCCGCACGCGGAUCUUGUGUGCAGCUCGCUCACCAAGAUCUUCAGCGGCGACUCGAACGUGAUGGCCGGCUCACUGGUCGUCAAUCCCGCUUCGCGGCUAUACGACUUCGCGCAGGGCUUCUUCCACAACGGCAGCUACGAGGACCUACUCUGGUGCGAGGACGCCAUCUACUUGGAGCGCAAUUCCCGCGAUUGCGCGAGCCGCAGUCUCCGGGUCAACAAGAACACAGAACUGCUGCUGGAAAAGGUGCUCCUGCCCCACCAGGGUAGCCUCUUCAAGAAGAUCUUCUACCCGACCCUGACGUCGGAGGAGACAAAGCGCAACUACGACGCCGUGCGCUGCAAGCCGGACGGCGGCUACGGCGGCCUGUUCUCGCUGACCUUCCACGAGGAGAACCGCGCAAAGGUCUUCUUUGACACCCUGGAGCUGUGUAAGGGCCCGUCGCUCGGCACCAACUUCACCCUCGCAUGCCCUUACACCGUGCUCGCCCACUACGCCGAGAUGGACGUCGUCGCCGAGUACGGUCUCGAGCGCAGCCUGGUCCGCGUCUCGGUCGGCCUCGAGGACUUCGACCACCUGCGCAAGGUCUUCCAGCGCGCCAUCGAUAAGGCUCUCGCCACGCGCACUGCCUAG